AGCACAAAACGUUUGUUAGCCUCCUGUAUAAGCUGGAGGGAGAGACGGAGGGAAGGACAGAGGGAGUGAGAGACUGUGAAAGGAACAAAAACAGAUAUAUAUGCACAUAGCAACUUAUCGCAGAUUUAUCCCUAUCUGUAGUCACACAGGAAAGACAGAGAGAAAAAGACUGUAAGACGUCAGACGUUACAGUUUUAAGUUCUAUUGUCGAUGGAUAACGAGGACAGACAGAUGGAGAGGGAAACAGGCCUAGUAUUCCACACACGAGAGUGAAGUCUGAAUAGGUUCAGUGGACCGAAUUUUAUCAUGUCACAAAAAAAGUUCACGAACGCCAAGAUUGUAAUAUUUGGAGCUUCAGGAGUUGGCAAAACAGCGUUUGCAGUCCGGUACAUCACGAAACGCUACAUCGGUGAUUAUGACAGAAAUAAAGAGAUGCUCUAUACGCACAAAAUGACGUCACCAAGGGAGGAAGUGGUUACCCUGGAGAUUCUGGACACGAUGUCAGAGAGUAACCCGGAUGAUACAGAGAAGAACCUGAAAUGGGCGGAUGGAUACGUGAUGAUGUAUUCAGUAACAGACACUGCAAGUUUUCAGGAGGUGAAACGGCUCAAAGAUAUUUUAUUCCGUUUGAAAGGGAACGAAAGGCCGAUGGUUCUAAUCGCUAACAAACUCGACCUGCGGGAUGCCCGGGCGGUGAGCGAGGAAGAUAGUAUUUCGCUGGCCCAUUCACUCGAAUGCCCGUUGUUUGAACUUUCUGUGGCGGAUGGAUAUCAGGGUGUCGCGGAUGCAAUGGAAGAAUUAAUUGUUCAGCUGCGGAGGGAUUUUGUGAAAGCUCAAAGUGCGGCAAAUGUCAGUACAAAUACAGAGAAGCCCCGUUCAAAAUUAUACAACAUGAAAAAAGUUCUGAAGAAGAGGAUAGGUCGGAGUCAUAGUGAUACAUUUUAGUAUACCAUGUUAUUGUUAGAUAUAUUGUCGAUUUCAGCUGAUAUCUAGUCAUCUCCAGGUUCUUACGUUGUCUGAACCCACUCCCUACCCGACCAGUGCAUCAUGUCCUUAGAUUGUCUGUACUCACUCCCUACUUAACCAGUGUAUCAUGUCCUUACAUUGUCUGUACUCACUCCCUACCUGACCAGUGUAUCAUGUCCUUACAUUGUCUGUACUCACUCCCUACCUGACCAGUGUAUCAUGUCCUUACAUUGUCUGUACUCACUCCCUACCUGACCAGUGUAUCAUGUCCUUACAUUGUCUGUACUCAUUCCCUACUUGACCAGUGUAUCAUGUCCUUACAUUGUCUGUACUCACUCCCUACCUGACCAGUGUAUCAUGUCCUUACAUUGUCUGUACUCACUCCCCACCUGGCCAUUGUAUCAUGUCCUUACAUUGUCUGUACUCACUCCCAACCUGACCAGUGUAUCGUGUCCUUACAUUGUCUGUACUCACUCCCUACCUGACCAGUGUAUCAUGUCCUUACAUUGUCUGUACUCACUCUCUACCUGACCAGUGUAUCAUGUCCUUACAUUGUCUGUACUCUCUCCCUACCUGACCAGUGUAUCGUGUCCUUACAUUGUCUGUAGUCACUCCCAGUCUGACCAGUGUAUCGUGUCCUUACAUUGUCUGUACUCACUCCCUACCUGACCAGUGUAUCAUGCCCUUACAUUGUCUGUACUCACUCCCUACCUGACCAGUGUAUCAUGUCCUUACAUUGUCUGUACUCACUCCCUACCUGACCAGUGUAUCAUGUCCUUACAUUGUCUGUACUCUCUCCCUAUCUGACCAGUGUAUCAUGUCCUUACAUUGUCUGUACUCACUCCCUACCUGACCAGUGUAUCAUGUCUUUACAUUGUCUGUACUCACUCCCUACCUGACCAGUGUAUCAUGUCCUUACAUUGUCUGUAUUCACUCCAAACCUGACCAAUGUAUCAUGUCUUUACAUUGUCUGUACUCACUCCCUACUUGACCAGUGUAUCAUGUCCUUACAUUGUCUGUACUCACUCCCUACUUGACCAGAGUAUCACGUCCUUACAUUGUCUAUUCACUAUUUCUAUAUGAUGAAUGUAUGCUUCAUAACACAUGCAUUGUAGAAAUUGUUGAGGAUUAAUUGAGCUGAAUACAAAUAAAAUCAUUUUAAUCAUGAAA